UUCUAUAGGAGGCAUGCCUCAUGGUUUGGGUUUGCUGACCACAGUGGCUUCGCUGCCACCCAAAUAUCGCAGUCGUUAUUUGAAUAUUAAAACUAAAUGUGAAAUUCCAUUGGAUUUGUCUAGAAAAUCUAUGUCGCCUCAAUUGGAAUGUGAAGUGCCCAUGGCGGCCAAUUUCACCGAGAUUUAUACUGAACCCUGCAGUGAUACUGCUUCCCAGGCAAGUGAUGAAAUCAUCGAUGAAUUGGUACAACAAUGUCAAAUGAUCGGUGAGGGUGAGAAUGCUGUUAACACUAACAGUGCAGCAACCAACACCACCACUACUACAGCUACCAUCACCAUAACACAGCAACAACAUAAUAAGCCCAUAACCCCACCCUUGACACCCACUAAAAAGAGAAAAUUCUCAGAAACCAGUUCAGAAGCUGAAAGCGAUAGCAAAGAGAAUCAACAAUCCAAAAUCUAUAAGAUUGACAACAAUAAUAAUAAACCACAACCUUUGGUAGAAAAUACCCCAGCUAAACCUAUUAAAGUUUCGGAUACAGCACCCAAAACAGGCAAAAAUCAGACUUCAACAGCCGCAAACAGCACAAAAAAUAAUCGCAGCAAUAAGGCCACUAGAAAACUUAAAUUCGAUGAAGAAACUUCUUCACCAGUAUCGGGUACCAUUAUACGCCCCCUAGAAGACAUCACCGAUGGCAGCAUGCAGUAUAGCAAUGGUGAUAUUGAUCCCAAAUACAAUAUCGUAGAAAUAACCGAAGAAACUAAAGCCGAAUUGGCUGCCAUUAAAAAUGUUAUAGGUGAUUAUGUGUGCAAAUUGUGUCGCAUUAAAUUUGAUGAUGCUUUCGGUUUGGCCCAACAUCGUUGUGCCUGUAUUGUACUACUCGAAUAUCGUUGUCCCGAAUGUGGCAAACAAUUUAAUUGUCCUGCUAAUUUGGCUUCUCAUCGGCGUUGGCAUAAGCCACGUAAAGAUGGCACAGUGGCAACUAUAGGUUCCGGUUCCACACAAUCUAAUAAAAAAGAGAAUAAGGAACAGAAAUCGAGUAAAAAAUCGGAGGAUUCUGAAACUAUAUAUAAUUGUCAAGACUGUGGCAAGAAAUUCAAACGUCAGGCUUAUCUCAAAAAACAUCAAUUGACACAUCAGCCAAAAGCUGCAGCAGUACAACAAGAAGAAAAAUCCGAAGAUACUCAGAAUACUACAACAACUUCAUCGGCCAACUGCUCACCCAUACACCAGCAACAACCAGUAACCACCAUAGCACAAAUCACCACCUCCCCCUUAACAACUAAAGAGCCUGAAGUUUUAUAUAAUACCCAUCAAACGCAACAACCCCCUCUAUACGAUGAUCAAGAUGAAACUAUGUCGGAUUAUAGCUCUACCUCGUCAUCGCAAGGCUAUGGACGUUUGCAAAUCAUAGAGACCGGUUUAACCGAAGAAGAGAAUAUAGCAGCGGCCGCUUUAACCAAUUUACGUAAUUGUGCCUCCGUUAUACAACACACCACUUUGGCCCAUUAGGGAGUAACAAUUUAAACCAGGUAAUUUAGUAAUGAUUA